UUGGAAACUGUGGUUAUCCAAGAAAGCCGAGCUGCGGGUCCAGACUCCGGAGUUUCUUAACAUUUGAUUGAUAUUUUUUUUAACGUUCGCCUAGUGUUUUUUUUAAUCUAUUAAAUUAUGGAGAUGAAAAAGAGGAUCAGUUUAGAGCUGAGGAACAGGACACCAGCACAGGUAGCAGAGCUGGUGGUGGAUAACUGCCGCUCCAGUGAUGGAGAGGUGGAGGGCCUGUCAGACGACUUCAAGGAGCUGGAGUUCCUCAGCAUGGUCAACGUGGGCCUCACCUCCCUGGCCAAGCUGCCCUCACUGCCCAAACUACGCAAGCUGGAACUGAGCGACAACAACAUCUCUGGCGCCCUGGAGACGCUGGCGGAGAAAUGCCCUAACCUGACGUACCUGAACCUCAGCGGCAACAAGAUCAAAGAGCUCAGCAACGUGGAGGCCUUGCAAAACCUGAAGAACCUGCGUUCCCUGGACCUGUUCAACUGUGAGAUCACCACACUGGAGGAGUACCGCGAGAGCAUCUUCGAGCUGCUGCCCCAGGUCACCUACCUGGACGGCUUCGACCAGGAGGACAACGAGGCCCCCGACUCGGACGCAGACGACGACGAUGAUGAUGAGGAUGGUGAGGAUGGCGCCGGCCCCACUGGGGACUACGAUGACGAAGACGAGGAGGAGGAAGAGGAGGGCUCGGAAGGUGGCGAGGUGGGCCUCUCUUACCUGAUGAAGGAGGGCAUCCAGGAUGAAGAGGAUGAUGAUGACUAUGUGGAAGAGGAGGAGGAAGACGAGCGUGCGCGCGCUCAGGGGGAGAAGAGGAAGAGGGAGGCUGAGGACGAGGGAGAGGAUGAUGAUGACGACGACGAUGACUAGGCCGCCCCCCUCCGCCCUCCCCACCACCCCCUCAGAGCCCCCCCUGGUCCGGACCCCAGCAACUCCCCCCCCCCCGCCGCCCCUCUUAGAAGAACCUGGGAGGACAUGGAAAUCUUCAGAUUGUUUCUCUUUGUACACCUUAGAUAUUUCACUGUAGAGGCUACAUGGGUCCUUUUAUAUAUAUAUAUAUAUAUAUAUAUAUAUAUAUAUAUAUAUAUAUAUAUAUAUAUAUAUAUAUGAUGAGAUAUAUAUGAUAAACAACUCCUGAUUUCAAUGAUUCAUUUGUAAUAUUUCAAAGGAAAAUGAAUACCCCCCGAAUAUCUCCCCGUUGCACCGGGGUCCAGUUGGAAGAGGAGAGUGGGCAGAGGGGGCGGGGCCUGGCGUUCCUCUGCCCACUCUCAGCUCCGAUCCUCUGCUCGAAAAAGUGUUCACCUGGUUCCACGUGUAUGAAAAAAAAAGAUUCAGUGAAAGUCAGAGCAUUUUCUGCAUGGUGGAAGGCAACCUAUACACACCUCCACCACCCUCAGCCCUCCCCCCCCACCCCCAAUCAGUUGUUAACCAGAUAAUCAUGCCCACAAGGCAAUACAGUAGCCUAGCUGAGUCCAAGGUCCACCCUGUAUGUGAUUAGCAGUAGGAAUUAAACUGGGAUGGAUAGAUAGAGGGAGGGAAGGGGGUGGGAGGUAAAGAGGGGGGGUUCGUUCAGGUAAAAUUAGUCUCUAGUUGUUUCAAUAACAGUAUCUGUCUAUCCUGGGGAGUUUGGAACAUUUAGACUCUAGAAUCUCCGGAACGUUUUCCCAGAGAGGUUCCAUGUGAGUCGCUGUCCAGGAAGCUAGCAUGCUCCCACACCUUAGCAGCUUGUCCUACCACCUCACCUGUCCUUCCAGAACAGACAGAAACAAAUAGACUUUUGUACUAUUUUUCUGAAAGGUUUAACACACCAUAUCUGUUACCGGCUUGGCAUUCCAAGACUGUAACCAAGGAUACUGUUGUCACGGUAGCGAGGUGACCCCAGGGUACUGCUGGGUUGUUUUGAUGUCUGGUUAGAGACAAACUGUCAGGAGUGAAGAAGAGAAAAUCUCAUCUGAAGAACCUUUCUACCUUUCUGUCUUGCUGUUAAUGCAGGUUAGUUUAAUAAAACUUUAGGUCUGCUGUUGUUACUUACACAGAGCAAGAAACUUUCAAUCUAUUAUUUGUAAGGCAAUAUGUAUAUAGAUUCAGUUAAAAACAGAAAACAGUUUGGUGUUUUAUGUGUUGUUUUUUUAUGAAAAAUAUUGCAGUCGAUUGUUUUACUACGAAGCAGAGGUCAGAGGUUAAACUUCUACUUUGACCCCUAACUCACACUUGAUGUUUUUUUUUCCAUCCUUGGCUGUUGUGACGAGUCUGUGUGUUUGGCGUUCUGUGUGCUGUCUACACGGAGGGGUUUUCAAUACAAAAAUUUAAAAUAAUUAUGAAAGGAAAAGACCAAUGCUUUGAAAUAAAUUAAUUGAUUGUUUGGC